AUGGCUUCACUUCACAUGCUCGCGCUGAUGUUCGUAAGCGUAAUAUCGGCUAUCACCGUCAGGAUCGCCGCCGCCGUGGUCUACCAUCGGAGAAACCGGAGUAGAUCCAUCGGUUUCUUUCAUCCGUACACAAACGACGGCGGCGGGGCCGAGCGAGUGUUGUGGUGCGCCGUCAAAGCCGUCCAGGAAGAGUUUCCGGAGCUGGAAUGUGUGAUCUACACCGGAGAUCAUGACGCUUCCCCUAAAUCGCUCGCCGCUCGAGCUAUCGAACGUUUUGGAGUUGAGCUGUUGAACCCUGUAAAGGUGGUACAUCUGUAUAAGAGGAAGUGGAUUGAAGAAGCUACCUAUCCGCGAUUCGCCAUGAUUGGUCAGAGCCUUGGUUCAGUGUACCUUUCGUGGGAAGCUUUAUGCUCAUUCACUCCUCUGUAUUAUUUUGACACCAGCGGAUAUGCAUUUACGUACCCCGUUGCGCGGAUAUUUGGAUGUAAAGUUAUUUGCUAUACGCAUUACCCGACUAUUAGUUUGGAUAUGCUGUCAAGGGUCCAUGGACGGAGUUCUAUGUACAAUAAUGAUGCUUUGGUUGCUAAGAGCUGGAUGUAUGGGAUUGUAGGCUCUUGUGCACAGCUAGGAAUGGUUAAUUCUUCAUGGACUCAGUCCCAUAUUCAGAAGCUUUGGGGAAUUCCAGAUCGCAUUAGGAGAGUAUAUCCUCCAUGUGACACCUUUGGCCUCCAGGUUUUCUUGCCGUGCCAUCUUCAUCUCAUACCUACAUGUCCUACCACUGGAAAGAUCGACAACACCUGUAAAGAUUAUUUCGGUGGCUCAAUUUCGUCCAGAGAAGGUGCGCAUUUUAUGAGAUCAAAGGCACAUAUGCUUCAACUUGAGGCGUUUGCAGUUGCAAUCAAGAAUUUGGAAGCAGAAGUUCCAAGACCGAAGCUCCAAUUCGUUGGUAGUUGCAGGAAUGAAGCAGAUGAGAGAAGGUUACAGCAUUUGAAGGAUCGAACCAAUGAGCUGGAGCUGGAAACUCAUAACUCUGCUGGCCCUAAAAUGGACAUUGUGUUGCCUGAGGACGGUAAGCAAACAGGGUUUCUUGCUCAAACUGUGCAACAAUAUGCAGAUGCUAUACUCACAGUUACCCGGAUGCCAGAGUCCGAGCGGCUUGAGAUGGCUGCAGCAGCAAGAAAACGAGCUUCACAGUUUUCGGAACAAAGAUUUUAUCAAGAUUUCAAGGCUGCAGUUGGGCCAAUUAUGUUUCAUAAGGUGAUAGCUGAAAGGUUUUAUAAGAAAUCAUGA